AUGCAUACCAUCUAUAACAAGGGUGAUGCAUCAGACUGGGGAAAUUAUCGCCGCAUGUUAAGUGUUCCCAGCAAGAUCCUAGAAGCAUUAGUAUGCGAAGGCCUGGACGAGUUUAUCUCAGACAGAGGACUUCUAAGUAAUACCAAAUGGUGCUUCCGAGCUGGCAGGUCAACUGAGGGUCUUCUGAUACAUCUAACUGAAAUCUGAAAGCAAGCAUUGGAUCACAGACAGGUGGACACUUUCAGAAGGCUUUUGAUACGGUAUAACUAGAGAUCUUCUAAAUUGUAUGAUUAGUUAUUUAACAAACAGAAAGCAGUUUGCCAUUGUAAAAGGUUGUACCUCACAGACUAGAAAUGUCUGUUGCGGAAUGCCACAAGGUUCCUUGCUUGGGCCAAAAGCAGCGACUCCUUCCAGUGCAACUUCAGCUGUAACGUCAAAUGCUUUUUACUUUGAAAUAGGUCCAGCUAUUACAAACUAUCAUGUUCCUGUACAAGUACAGGAUCACUGCCACAACCAUGAGAACCAAAACGUAUCUACAGUCAGGGUGCCACUGAAACACCCAUUAGUGAGUUAAAAAGGAUCAUGUCACGCUACAGUCAAACCUAACCCUAUAAAACCUUCUAGCUGACGAUAUGACAACCACAAUGUAAUGAUAAAAGGCUGGGGCGGUUAUAAUGGUGGCUUCAUUUCCAUCAUGCCCUAUAUUUCUUUAUCUGUUUUGGAAGAGAUGGACUGAGUAUAGUAAAAUAUUUUUAUGGGCAUAAUAAAAUAAUCAAUAAAUUAUUAUAAUAAUGUAAUAAUAAUAAUAGUUUUAUUUUUCAAAUUAUUGAUUAUAAUUAUAUAAUAAUUGAUGUCAAUUCGGUAUCAUUUGUUUCAAAUGAUUUACAAUGUCCACUGAAUCAAUGAUGUAAGUGCAACGUUUUGAUUAGGAUAGACUUGUCCAUAUAAACUAAUAGAAACAAAGGAGGACGGAUCGAUACCUUAACCUGCAGCCCACUAUUAAUCCACAAUUAAUAUCUCUUAGUAACAAACUGCAGAUUUUUUUAAGGAUAUGCAGAGUAAAGUAAAUUUGGAAGGUAGAUUCUCCAUGAUGAUUGUGAGAUGAUUUUCUAAGAGUUAUGCCACUGCCAGACUAUGUAAAGCCUAGAGGCACUCAUUCUUGUGCCAUUUAAACCGUAACAAUUUAAUGGUGUAAGGCCAUUAUGAAACAGUUUCAGCCAUGACAAAGGAUAAUGCUACAGGCAUGAGAACCACAAAUUCUCCAGAGUGUGCCUCCGAGAAAAUAUCACCAACAUUUUCAUCAACAUAUUUCAUUAGGUUACUUCUUCAUCACAUGAGAAACAAGACAGCCAUUGCCUUCCGGGUUAUGCAUACUAA